GCAGAAUUCAACUUGUAAUCCCUACCAGUCUUUUUAUCGUAAUCGUAACGAACACUGCUGAGCAAUGUCUCUGGCACCGAAAUUGAAAUUUUAUAACGGAUGUGAGAUUCCAGUGCUGGGAUUAGGUACAUGGAAGUCGAAGCCUGGGGAAGUUGGUCAAGCCGUUAGAGACGCAAUAGACAUUGGCUAUCGUCACCUGGACUGUGCUCUUGCCUACGGAAACGAGAACGAGGUUGGUGAAGCUGUCAGAGAAAAAAUAUCUGAAGGAGUUGUGAAGCGAGAGGAUCUCUUCAUCACGUCCAAACUGUUCAACAACUACCACAAGUUGGAGUCCGUGGAGAAGGGGAUAAGGAAGACACUGGAUAAUUUGGGAUUGGAGUAUCUCGAUCUCUAUCUCAUCCACUGGCCAGUGGCUCACGAGGACGGAAACGAGUUGUUCCCGAAGAAUUCCGAUGGCUCCAUUAAACUGGCGGAUAUUGACUAUCUGGAGACCUGGAGGGGAAUGGAGAUUAUUCAUGGAAAAGGACUGGCUAGGAACAUUGGCGUCAGCAAUUUCAAUUCCGAACAGAUCAGUAGAUUGUUGGAGAAUUGCAAAAUCAGGCCUCUUAUCAAUCAGGUGGAAUGUCACCCAUACCUGACUCAGCAAAAACUAUCGAAAUUCUGCAAAGAUAAGAAUAUCAUCAUCACAGCCUACUGUCCACUGGGCUCCCCAGACAGGCCCUGGGCGAAGCCGGAGGACCCGAAAUUGCUCGAUGACAAGAAUCUUCUGAAAAUAAGUGAAAAACAUAAAAAAACACCCGCUCAAGUGGUCAUUCGAUACCAGAUCGAUCGGGGACACGUCGUCAUCCCCAAGACAGUGACCAAGUCGAGGCUUCUGGAGAACUUCCAGGUGUUUGAUUUCAAACUGAGCCCUGAGGAUAUUUCCUAUAUUAAUUCUCUGGACGUUAAUGGGAGGCUCUGCACCCUUGCUGAUCGCAAGGCGAGUCCCUACUAUCCAUUCCACAUCGAGUUCUGAGAACCGGAAACGGGAUUGAGAGCCAACGAAGAGACAGUUUUGUUUAUACCACUGGGACCAUUGUACUUUUAUCAAUAACAUUGAGCAUGAAAUGCUCCGAUUACAUAACGGCGAUAAAGUAUCAGAAUGUUUAUAAUUUGUCUCAUGAAUUAUAAACAUUUUCUUCAAUAAUUGAAUGGAAUAAUAAUGAUUAUUUUAUCAUCAAA